AUGGCUGCCCAACCUGGGAACAAUCAGGGUGAGAGCGGCACCGGAGUUCCGGUCUCCGGCGUCGGCAACCACAAGAAGAUUAGCCGGGAAGAGAACCGCAGCGGCGCCAAAAAAUCCGCUGAUGACGGCGGGAAUGUUUGCUUCGUCUGCAACAGAAGUUUCCGUUCACCGAAAUCCCUUUUCGGUCACAUGAGAACGCACCCGGAGAGGAGCUGGAGAGGGAUUAGACCCCCGCUGUCACCCGUGGCAGAGGACAAGCCUUCUCCGAGCGCGGUCGCUACCGACUCGGACGCCGGAGAAGACCAUACGGCCGAUCAGUCCAAGGAAGGCCCGGCAAUCGAUUCCGACGAACGAGGGUUUACGGCGCAGCCUCCACUCGGAUGGUCUAGGACUGCCAAGAGGGGAGGCACCGGAAUAGCGACUUCAACUGAGAGGAAUUCUGUAAUUCCUUCUUCACCGUCGAAGUUGCGGAGUGCUCCGGAAAGUUCCGUUCUCUCUUUUUUGGUGACCGUGGCGAAUUACAUCCUCGCUUCUUCGUCUUCUUCCAAAAGCAAGAGAAAAGUUUCCGACUUUAGAGCUAAAGCUAAUCCGGCGGAAAAAGAUCAAGCUUUGUGCAAUGGAACAGAACUGAUUAAGAAGCUGAAAACAGAAGUAGUGUUCCCAAUUGAGAAGAAGCAGUAUGAGUGCAGAGACUGUGGGAAGUCCUUUUCCAAUCCUCAGGCCUUGGGGGGACAUAGAACAAGCCACAGAAAAGGUACUACUACUACUACUACUACUGAACCCGAAAAACCCAGUACGGAUGAGGGCCGGUUGAGGGCGCUGAAGGAAGCCCAAAUUCCCUGGUGUAGCCUCGCCGGAGACGAGUUGAUCAAGAGCAGUCAAGAGAACAGCCCAGGGAGCUGCUGCUUGACAGGGAAAAGUGAUAGUAGUAGUAGUGGUGAUGGUAAGGGGGACAGUGCCAAAAUAUUCCCUUUUGAUCUGAAUGAGCUUCCUGUUGUGAAGGAAGAAGAAGAAGAAGAAGGAGAAGGAGAGAUGUUGAACUGA